AAACCAUCAGAUAGAGAGGGGAUUUUGUGAUAUCUUUUUUUUUUUGGGUGGUGCAUGGAUCAAAAGAAAGAAGUAGAGAUCAGGAGAGAAAAUCCAGUUGUGACCAAGACCAAGCUAAUAGUCGUGACCGAGGGAGGGAUUAUGAUCAAAGGAACAGAGACCGUGACAGGUACAAUGAUCGAGAAUGUGGUACGGAUUAUGAGUGCCCUCAGACUUAUGAUUCUAGAUGUCGCCACAGGUCACAUUCAAGGUCUAAGGAGUAUUCCAGGGAUUAUGAUUGUCACAGGUACCUUUUUCUCUUUGUUUAUGGUUUUUUAAAGUUUAUUUUCACAUGGAUUUGUGUAUGAGUCUCUUGCCAUUAUUGGUUCAUUUUUGUAAUUCCAUAUUUGUUUGUUUACAUGUCAAAUUGAUGCAUGUUUGGAUUAUAUGUAUGCUUCUUAUCAUAUUCUUCACUCAACUACCUGUAGGUAAUUUCAUUAUUUUCAAAAAGAUCUAACUACCUUAAGGCAAGUUUUAUCAAAGUGGAAAUGUGGAAUAGAGGGUAUAGGUUAGGAAAGUUUUGAAUUGCUUGGUGGAAUGAUUUUCAAACAGGAUUUUGUUAAAGGUGGGGCUGUAAGAAGCCAUGCUUCUCUCAUCAAGUUGAACUCAAAAUAAUAGUAACCCCAGUUUGUAUUUGGUUUCUUUUAGUUAAGUGAGUUGACUUAAACAUUUUAGUGCUCAGCCUGAGAAUUAGCCAUUCCAUACUUGUUUAACAUUUAACAAUGCAUCAUUAAUUUUGUUUUCUGAUGAUUUUUUAGCUUGUUGAAUUUGUGUUA